AGGUAAGACAGCCCUGCCGUCGUAUUUCUGACGGAUUAAAAUCUGUGUUCAUCUGCGUUUCACAAUAAAAACACCAAUUUCCAAAUGUCGGCAAACGAAUCAUUGUGUUAAGACGAUGCGUUAGCCAUCGUUAUUGCAACGAUGUGUCCGUCGUGUUUCUGUAAUAAUGGGCAGUUUGGUGUGUCCGCGGUCCGAGGCCGCCGGCUAGCCUUCGUGCCGUAACGCUAGCGAGCGAGCGAGCGAGCUAGCUUUCAUAAACGUGUCGUCGUUAGUUUACGGUGCUGUUGAACAAACAAUUCCGCUGCCUCGCAUUACGUUCUCACACUUGAAACAUCAAGUUGUAAUUUUGAAAAGACUAGUGCACUCGUUUGCGAACCCUUCUGCGGUGCGUUGCUAAAUGCUCGUUCACGUUACAGUUCAUGCGUGUUGUGCGCUGGGGAUAGCUAUGAGUGUUAGCGCUCAACCAUUUCUCUUAACGGAGUCGUCUGGCCAUGUUGUUAUUCUUCACAUAUGUAGUGUGUAAUGCCAAGUAGCAACACUAUUUUCAUUACGGCUGUAAUAUAAUCGCACAUCUGUACAGGAUACCAACACCAUAGAACUACAGUAUGCAAUACACCAGCCAACCACAGCUGGAAUCAUAAUGGCUAUUUAAAGUGAAUAAAAUCAUUUAGUUUGUGUACUAAACUCUUUUACUUUUGUCAGAUGGCAGAGGGAGACAAAAAGGUUUCCAGGAAGAGGCACGGGAGCCGGAACCCGGUUCUGGCCCGGGGUAUCGGCCGUUACUCCCGGUCUGCGAUGUACGCCCGCAGGGCCAUGUACAAGCGGAAGUCAAAGACCACUGAGACCAAGAUGGAGAAAAAGAUUAGGACGAAGCCCAAGGCAACUGUUGUUAAGACAGUCGGAGGAGACAAGAAUGGAGGCACUCGUGUUGUCAAACUGCGCAAGAUGCCUCGCUACUACCCCACGGAGGAUGUUCCCCGUAAGCUGAAGAGUCACGGAAAGAAACCCUUCAGCGAGCACAAGAGGAAGCUGCGCAGCUCCAUCACUCCAGGAACGGUCCUCAUUCUGCUCACUGGUCGCCACCGUGGAAAGCGCGUGGUGUUCCUGAAGCAGCUCUCAAGUGGUCUCCUGCUCGUCACCGGCCCUCUUGCUUUGAACAGAGUACCCCUGCGUAGGGCUCACCAGAAGUUUUCAAUUGCUACCAACACAAAAAUCGACAUCACUGGCAUGAAGGUCCCAAAAACGCUGAACGAUGCCUACUUCAAGAAGAAGAAGCUGAGGAGACCCCGUCACCAGGAGGGGGAGAUCUUUGAUACAGAGAAGGAGAAGUACCAGGUGACAGAGCAGAGGAAAGAGGACCAGAAGGCUGUUGACGCUCAGCUCCUGCCCCUCAUCAAGAAAGUACCGCAACUCCGAGGGUACCUUCGCUCUUCCUUCUUCCUGUCUAAUGGAGUCUACCCACACAAGUUGGUUUUCUAAAUGUGUUGUAAUAAAGAGUACCACCCGUAUA